CACCGAUCUGCCGCCCUGUUUCGAAAUUUGCCAAAGAAGACGGAUUUGUAGCCGAAAUUUGCCAAAGACGGAUUUGUAGCCGAAAUUUGCCAAAAACAGGGACCGCUCCUGUUACCGUCCGACGAACGAAUCCAACAAAAACAGGGAGAGGCGAAAGCGGCAGCGCAUGAUGGCGGAACGGCCGUAUUCCGCUGAGUCGCACUCGGCAGAUUCUCCAACAAACCAGACAUGGGACGACGGCAAAUUGAAAUGCGAUUGGGAUGUUCUCCUUUUUUAUCAAUACAAAGUGGCCACAGGAUCUGCCGCAAAGACGGAUAGCACACAACAGGAAGACGACAAACAAGAUUUGGUGCAGUUGAAGGCUGCAGAUUUCCACUGAUAUAAAGUGAAAAACGGGAGACAAACACGGGGUCUCCCAUCAGAAACAUGUUUAGUCUUGCCUGCAGUUUUGUGUUUGUGGACUAACUAAUCACAAUGAACUCAUUGUUGACUACUAUUCUUAUUGUACUUUUAGUUUCAGCGAUCUGGAUGGGCGGUCUCUGGGAUCUUGGUGCAGGCUGCAGUGCAGAUGAAAGGGAAGCCCUUUUGAAGUUCAAGGCUGAACUUCAUGACCCUCAUAGCUGGCUAUCAACUUGGGUUGGCCAAGGCGAUUGUUGUACAUGGUCUCGCGUCGUUUGUGACAACCACACUGGCCAUGUUAUCCGGCUUCAUCUAGGGUUGCCACGACCUUCUUACUUGACCAAUUCUGUGCUUAGUGGUAAGCUCAACCCUUCCUUGCUUGAGUUGAAGUAUCUUGGUUAUUUGGACCUGUCCUACAAUGACUUUCGUGGUAUUCCAAUUCCAAGCUUUCUUGGUUUGAUGCCUACUUUGAAUACCCUUUACCUUGAUGGAGCUGGGUUUGGAGGACUGAUUCCUCAUCAGUUGGGGAACCUCUCGAAUCUGCAGCAACUUGGCCUCAAGGCUGCUGGCCAUUAUGUGUUGUAUGCUGAUAGUUUGUGGUGGCUUUCUGGUCUCUCUUCCCUAGAAUUCCUUGAUUUGAGUAAUGUUGAUCUUAGUAAGGCUUUCGACUGGUUGCAAAUGAUAAAUACACUCCCAUCCCUUUCAAAAUUGUAUUUGUCAAACUGUCAAAUCCUUCAUAUCCCAUCCCUCGCCAAUGUUAAUAUGUCUUCUUCGUUGUCUGUUCUAAAUUUGCGUCACAAUCAGUUUAGCCAGGCUUCUGUUCCAAGUUGGGUUUUUCAACUUAAGAGCCUUACUUACUUGAAUCUAGCUUACAACACUUUUGCUGGCCCGAUUCCUGCACAACUUCAAAACCUUACAUCGCUCACCACACUUAAACUGGCUUCCAAUGAUUUCAAUCAUUCCUUACCAAACUGGCUAUACAGUUUACAUCAUCUGGAGUACCUUGAUCUAUAUGGUAAUAAAUUGGGUGGCAGAGUCUCAACAACUGGGAUUGGAAACUUUUCCUCUCUUGUUCACCUUGACAUGUCAGCCAAUUAUGGCCUCGAAUUGGAAAGGGGGAUUCCUGAAUCAUUCAAAAGCUUAUGCCGCUUGAGGUCACUUGCUCUGCUACAUGUAAAACUGAAUCAAAAUGUAUCAGAGUUGCUUGAAAUUCUUGGAGAAUGUGCUUCUUAUACUUUGCAGGAGUUGUCUCUGGGUAGUUGCCAACUGCAUGGUCAGUUGACCGAUCGGAUUGGCUUGUUCAAGAGACUUAACCAUCUCUCUCUCCAUAACAAUUCUAUUUCUGGUCCACUUCCGGUUUCAUUUGGAGAAAUGACAUCUUUGAAUUAUUUAGACCUUUCCAGAAACAAGAUAAAUGGGAGCUUUCCAACAAGUUUUGGGGCAUUGACAGGGUUGGGCUAUGUGGAUAUCUCUCAGAAUGCAAUGCAUGGUCUUGUACUCCCUGAAAUUCACUUAGCCAACCUUACAAAGCUGACCUUUUUUCUUGCUUCUGGAAACCAAAUGGUGUUCAAAGCUAAACCAGAUUGGGUUCCUCCCAGGCGAAUUCAAAGAUUGAUGUUAGAGUCUUGGAAUGUUGGACCUGGAUUUCCCCAUUGGCUCAAAGGUCUGCAGGAUCUGAAGUCUCUUGAUCUGUCUAUCUCUGGAAUUUCAGAACAAUUUCCUGACUGGUUCUGGAGCAUGUCGUCUCAAUUCCAUUAUAUGAAUUUCUCGCACAACCAAAUCCCUGGGCGGCUUCCAGAUGCUAUCUUUGUUGUUUACAAUGACUCAUUGUUUGAUUUCAGCUCCAAUUGCUUGGAAGGUGCACUGCCCACUGUUUCGUCUAAUCUUACUUUGUUGGACCUGUCCAACAACUUGUUUUCCGGAAACUUGGUCAAGUUCUUGUGUUUCAAUCCUACCGAGAUGAGGACUACUCAGUAUCUGAAUCUUCGAGGUAAUCUUUUGUCUGGUGAGAUACCUGGUUGCUGGAAAAAUUGGCGUAGUUUGGAGGUCCUAAGACUUGGUAGCAACAAGUUCAUAGGAAGCAUUCCAAACUCCAUCGGAACUUUGACUUCACUUGUGUCCUUACACAUUCAGAACAACAGCCUGACUGGUGAAAUUCCAUUGUCCCUGGGUAACUGCUCUAAUUUGCGCACUAUUGACUUGGGUUAUAAUAGAUUGGAAGGAGAGAUUCCAAGGUGGAUGGGGAAAAGGCUUUCCAGACUGUCUAUUCUUAAUCUCCGUGCUAAUAACUUUCAUGGCAGCAUGCCGGUGGAGCUUUGUCAUCUGCAGUUGCUACAAAUCUUGGACCUUUCUCACAAUUCACUUUCAGGGAGCCUGCCAGAAUGUUUCGCUAAUUUCAGUGCCAUGGCUACCUCAGAUAAUACCGAUGUUGUUGCGGUAAUUUAUAUUUUUUUUGGAGGAGGUGAAGUGUAUAGAGAAAAUCAAAAUUUAUUGACUAAAGGGAGCUUUGUGGAUUACAGUACCAUACUGAACUAUGUAAGAAGUGUAGACCUUUCCUGCAACAACUUAUCUGGACUGAUACCCGGGGAGAUCAGAGACCUGAAGGAACUGCAUUACCUUAACUUGUCACAUAAUUUAUUCUCAGGCAGAAUGCCAGAGGGUUUACAGACAAUGGAAUCGCUGGAAUCCAUGGACUUAUCCGUGAACCGGCUAUCAGGAGUAAUCCCUCAUGGUCUUGCAAGUCUGACAUUCCUGAGUUUCUUGAACUUGUCCUACAAUAACUUGAGAGGGAAAAUUCCUUCAAGCACUCAGCUGCAGAGCUUUGAUUCUUGGAGCUUCAUAGGGAACCGAUACCUCUGUGGUCCUCCAUUGAACAAUGGUUGUAGUGUGCGCAAAGCUAUGCCUGGUUCUGGAAAUGGAGAUGAAGAAGAUGAAUUUCUAUGGUUCUCUGUCAUCACGUCACUUGGCUUUGUGGCUGGUUUUGCUGUUGCUGUCUGGUCUUUUUUCUUUGGAUUAUCAACUGAGAAGAAACACAUUUCGGAAUUCCUGAAUCACCUGGGCUACAUAAUUUUGCAAUGGUAUUAUGUGUGGAAGGACUAGUUUAAAGUCGGGUGGGUCGAGGUGGAAGGUCACAAAGCUUGGAAUUUGAGGUUUAUCUUGGUGUGACACCAGCUAUUGGAACAAUAUUCAAUAGGAUGGUAACAAAAACCAAAUGUUGAAUGCAACCAACAAGUUUUCAGUCUUAUUUCCCCUCAUUGGCUGCCUUUUGAACUAUUGGAAAAUGUAAAUUUGAUGAUCCUCUUUGUUUCAUUUUGAACUCUUGGUGUGUUGAAAUGUUCGUUUCUUGGGUGUGGAUUAAAAAAUUCGUUUUGUGAUGAUGUAUAAAUAAUAUGAUGGAAGGUUACGAAGGCUGCUCUAAAUUCCAGAGGUUAUUGUGGCAUAACUUUCUUUAAUAUAGCUGAAGUUUAUGGCUCUAAGGCGAGACCAGGCUUCUGGUUCUGCUUUUGUUUCUUUCUGGGGAUGAACAUUGCGAGUUACUGAUGACUUUUGCCUAUCAUCCCCUUUCUCUUCCAGUUAUCAUUUGAUGCCAUCAGUUCUGAAACUCUGCUCAGGAGGUACUUGUCCUGAAACAUAACUAAUUACAAUGUGGCAUGCUUUUAUUUUGGGGUGUAUGCUUCAACUUCCAAAAAUCAAUUAUCUUUGUUUGUAUGUAGAUUCAAUUUUCUUUCCUGGCUUAUGCUUCAACUUCCAAAGUUCAAUUUUCUACAGAUUCAUCAGUGAAAGGAAAAUAUCAAAACCAGAAGUGGAAGUGGCAUUGCCACCGAGUUUGCCGCGUUGCCAUGGAGGAUGGGAUGUCAUAGUGUCCUAUGUGCACUCAAGGAUUUCCGAAGCUGUCUUGGACUGUCCUUGGUUGAACUGUAUCAGCUCCUCUGGUGUGCAGUUUCCUUCAAGUUUAUGUCUGGUUAGAGGUUCCUAUUGGCGAUCGCUUCUCCAAUGCAGUUUCUUCUGUCAGUAUCGUUCAAGGCCUGGAGAGUGGGGAAAUGAAGGUAUUGAGAUUGCUGAUCCACUAAAAAGAAGAAAAAUAAAAGGCGAAGAGUAACGGCAACAAGUGAUUGAGUUCAGUAGUUCCUCAUAGAAAAUUAUUGACUCUCGCAUCACUCCGUCCUCGAGCCCGAGCUUUUAGUUUUUUUUACAGUACUAUCCUCAUUGACUUCGGCUUUAGUAAUAACUAAAUCGUCUUUCUUAAAAUCCUGGAAAAUAAGGGUGUAGAAGAAGCUCAGUUCAUUUCAGGUUGAAUUUCAGGAUAUAUAGAUGCUCUCGGAGAUGCAGUUGAACAUGGCCUAGUCAAAGCUGUUGCUAUUUCAUACUACAGAGGUAAUUCUCCAAGAUCAAAUAUUCUACAGUGGUAUUCCAGACUACCAAAAUUUAUGUAGAUGGUUUUAAUUUUUAAAGGGGCUUCUCAAAUGGGUGCGGAGGAAGAUAAAGGUCAGCUUGUUUGACGUGGGGGACGACACAUCUGCUGCUAAACUCACAUGGAAUAAGCUAUAGUGGCUCUACAAAGCCAUGGAAUGGGAAGGCAUUUUCACAGAGAUACCAAGAAGCUCUGCCUAUUUGGCACCAAAAAAUAUGAGUUCUUGGACGUGUUAAGGAUGUAUUAGGUUCUCAUCCUUGUUGGUGAGAACGGAAAUGGACAAACUACUCAGGUUGGUCUUCUUUUUUCCUUGUAUUUCUAGUUCACUAAUAUGUGGUUGAACUGGGUUUUGUUUAUUUUCAUGAGAAUACAACUACAUUUAGGUAGAGCUUUAGACUUGAUGAUGCAUUUCUCUGUGGUGGGAAUUUAACACAUUUUAGAAAGGAGACUCUAGCUAAUACAGGAUUGCUUGUACAGAUUCCACAAUUUGUUUCGGAAGCUGUAUGGCGUUAGAAACUUUGAAUAAGAGGCGCAAAAUGAUGGUUGACUAUACUCAGCCUCGUAGAGUGGCCUACAAUAUCUUAACUCGUAUGUUAGUACUGGCGAAGAAGUCGGGUUAUAGUAUCUGGCUUGAAGACUGUAGCAGUGCAAGAACAGUUUUGAAGUGAGUGUUUCUGAAACAAUGUUCCCUUCCCCAUAAAGGUAGACUGAUGAUACAACACCAGAUGAUGCUUGAAAUCUUUCAUCUUACAGCCUUGUGGACAUGGCACUACAUUAUUAUUGAGCUUGAGAACUUCCCCCCAGUGUGACGCCAAACGAGUUCUGCAGAAGCUCUACAAGAAGCAGGAGAGUGGAGAGGAAAGCAAGAGCAGUAGAAGAUAGGAGCCCAGUUGAUUUUGGAUCUGGAAUGCAAUAGAGAAGUUACCAUGUAGUGAAAUAGAGAGAAGUGGCUCUGGCUGGUUUAGUCAUUUCGAUGACCAUGCUGCUAUUUUGUUAGUUUUUGAACUUCGGGUUGUUAUACUUCAAUUUAUACAAUCUUUCUGUUGUGGAUUAUGUCUAAUCAUUGCAUCAACAAUCCUUUAUUUUCCCAAUUCUAGGAUUUGACACAAACUUUAUCCAAAUCGCCCGAGUGACGUGGGCCGGAUAUUUCAGAUUUGGCCCUUGUGGUCUUGUGUUUGGGCUAUCUUGCUCUGAUGAUGCACUUCUUAUACAUCUCCUUUGCGUGAUACCAAAUGAAAUGAGGAGAAAACA